CUGUUUGAUCAAUCAUGGAACCAACGAAGUGGAAGAAAGUCUACCAGCGGUCUGAGGGUGAACUCGAUGGACAGCUAAGUAAAGAGCAGAGGGAUCAAAAGAAAAAAAGACUAUUCAUGCAACAAUUUGAAAAGGAGGCACAGGAGAGAAUUCGGGAGAUGGAACUGAAGGUAGAGCAGCUUUUGGCGACUGUGGAUAGAGCGUUUAGAGUUGAACUGAUGAAACUACCACCUCAGCUGCAAGGCACACGUCUGAAAGAUUUGAUGAGGGAGAACGACGAAGCAGCGGGCGAAGUUACCAUCGCAAUGAAGGCCGAAUCACCAGAGAUCCAUCGGCCGCUGACCAGGAAGACCAGCAAAAAGGGUCAGGCGAAAGAGAAUGCAACCAGGCGGAAGAGAAUGCUGUCAACUCAAAACAAGACUCCUUUACCGGCAGUAUCAAAGAAAACGGCCAAGUCGAGAUCUUUGGCAGACUUGGAUCCAAGCGCUUCAAAAAGUCAAAGGUCUUGUUCGACUUCAAAUUUUAAAAGGACUCGAGGCUGUGUUGCCAAAGCCAACGACCUUGUCGCCCUAUCUACUGAUCAAAAAAGGUCCACAAACUUACUUGGACUUUCACCUAACCCUUUCGUAACCGCCACCGCAACCAUAUUGACUUCUCACGGAGAGGCUUUGUGUCUAUCCGAUGAGAUCAAAGACGACAUUGACGUGGACAUGCUUGACGACACUGCCGUUCAUCAGAUGCGGAAGCUAAUGCGACUGAUGGAUUACUUGUGCAAUAAGGCCAAAGUCAACAACGACCAAUGAUCAUUCCUGGAAGCUUUGAUAAAGGAUUCUCGAUAUUUGUUUUUCAGUUGUAUUAAUGUAAAUGUACUGAAUUUAAUAAACUAACUUUUUUACCACA